CCUCAUUAUUUAGGAUAUAAAGGGUCGAGGAGCUGGGAGGGAGAACCAGACAGCUGGACACUGGACUUCUCCUGUCAGCCCAUCAAUAUUCUGUGUCUAUUGAUUCCCGAUCUGUUUGACCAAGAUGAAGAGUCUUUUUCUUCUGGUGCUGCUCUGCAGUGCUGAGCUGAUCUCCUCUUUUGCUGUUCCUGCAAAUGUGGAAGUGGAUGCAGAUUCUGAAGCGCAUGCAGAUUGUGCAGUGCAUGCAGAUUGUGCAGUGGAUGCAGAUUCUGCAGCGCAUGCAAAUUGUGCAGCGGAUGCAGAUUCUGCAGCGUAUAAAAAUUGUGCAGCGGAUGCAGAUUGUGAAGUCCAAGCAGAUUCUGCAGUGCAUGCAGAUUGUGCAGCGCAUGCAGAUUCUGCAGAGCAUGCAGAUUGUACACCAAAUGCAGAUUGUGCAGCAGAUGUGGAAGUCAAGGACUGGGGUGCCUAUUGCAACGCUACCUUCCCAGGGCUGUGUGAGACUCAGUCUUACUCUGAUGGAUGCCAUAGAUACACAUUCCACGGACAUGCCGUUGGCUUCUGUUGUGCUGAGUGGCACUGUCGGGCGAGACACUGUGGCCACCUGGCCUCUGUUAACAAUCAUUGCACUGAGCGGGCCCUAGUCUGCUUGUCUAUUCAUUGCAACCGUGCGGUUACAGCGUGGAUAGGAGGCUACAGGACAUGCAGGGGGUUUCGGUGGAUUGACGGCUCCUGCUGGAGAUAUCAGUACUGGUAUCACGGUUGUCCAAGUAGCUGUGGCGGUUCAUGUGUGGUACUUAACUGGGGACAGCUUGGAAGGUGGUGCAAUCGUCCGUGCUGUGAACGGCGCCCGUUUAUUUGUAAGGGAAGGCGCUAAGGCAUGAAGAUUCAUCCAGUUUCCUCCACGCUACGCUUGGCAGUUGGAUAAAACGGAGCUCCCUCCUACGUCAGACUUUAUUGGAACCACCGGUCCGUCACUCUAAAGUAUGGUUUUAAAAAUACAAGUAACGACAGUACCGCACAGUCACCGACAGGGGGCAGUGAAACAAAGCGCUUAGCUUUGAAGAUGAAGAUUCGAGGUUAUUCAAGGUUUAAAAACACACACACACGAUAUUUUCAGAUCCUUUCUCUUUAUCGUUGCUCUAAGGCAUUCUUGUGAUCAAAUACAAUUGAGAAGAGGGGCUCCCAAGCAUAAAGACAAGGCUUCAAAUCACAUUGUAGAAAUGAAUCGAUAUUUUAAUUCACAUUAUUGAAGGAGCACUGACCAUCUAUAAAACGCAUUCUCUCGCCUCUUAUUAGCUUCAUCACUGGACCCUCCCUUUAAAGGAGUGCUGACCAUCUUUAAUAUCCAUUCUCUCACCUCUUAUUAGCUUUAUUAACAGGAUCACUGGCCCCUCCUUUUAAAGGAGCGCUGACCAUCUUUAAAAUCCAUUCUCUCACCUCUUAUUAGCUUUAUUAACAUGAUCACCAGCCCCUCCCUUUAAAGGAGCGCUGACCAUCUUCAAAAUCCAUUCUCUCACCUCUUAUUAGCUUUAUUAUUAACAUCAUCACUGGUCUAUUUCAAGCCACUGGAGGCGAUUUGCGAAGAUCUGUCGAAUACAAUAUUAUACAUAAUAUCAAUGUUGUAUUUUUUUUAAAACCAUCAGUUACUGUGUGAAAAAAAAUGUUGAACAUUCUUUACAUUGUGUAAAAUCCUGCAUGCGCUUUGCUUUUUAAUGCAAUAAUAAAACAGCGUUUGAUCAGCA